AUGCGCUUCUUCCCUAUAAUUCUCUUGGCUCUCCUAGCCUUCGUCGUAGUCACUGAUGGAUUCAGAUGUGGUCCAAUGGGAAGAUUUUGCGAUGAAAAACCCUAUCUUGAGUUUGCUGGUUCUGCUGGAGCAACCGUUGACAAAGAGGGCAUGAAACGUGAGUUUGCUGGUACCCUGGGGCAAAAGUGCAAGGUCGACAACGAUUGUAUCUACUCGCAUAUGGAGACCAUCGUUCCACGCUGCACCAACGGCAUUUGUGACAAUUACCAUCCGGAACGUGGUGAUGUUCAUCACAUUCCAUAA